AUGAUAAAGCUUGAAGUUCGCGAAGGUUAUGAAGAUCUUCGUUAUCAUACGGUAAACACCACCGAACCGUCAGCAAAUAUUGUUACAAAUUCAUUCCCUGUACUUUUCACUCUUGCACAAGCGCAAUUUUCGUCAAGACAAAACCUGAAACGUUUAGUUAAAUACCAUCUUUCCUAUAAUGAUUAUCCACCAAUACCGGUCGACUUGAGUUUUGCCUCAUUGUGCGUCAAAAUCAAAAAAUGA